AUGACAGAAUCUUUACAUUAUGUGUAUAUGGAUAUAUCUAUUGGUGAUAAGCGGAUUGGUCGGAUAGUGAUAAAGUUAUUUGAAGAUCAAGCUAUAAACGCUUGUGAUAACUUCAAAGAGUUGUGCUCCAAACACGCCUAUAAGAAUACAUUCUUUCACAGAGUAAUCAGAAAUUUUAUGGUCCAAGGAGGAAAUAUCGAUAUAAAGAAUGGAAAUGGAAAUGGUGUUUACCCGUUUAGAGGGGUCGAAACACUUGCAAAGGGAGGUCACUCGAUUUUCCGGUCGAGCACUAAUCCAGAAGGAGAUUUCAAAGAUGAAAACUUGAGACAGUUUGACGAACCAUUUUUGGUGGCAAUGGCCAAUUUAGGAAAACCGAAUACAAAUAGAUCUCAGUUUUUCAUCACGUGUGCAGUGGAGAGUCAUUUGGAUGGAAAGCACACAGUUAUAGGUAAAGUUAUUCAUGGGAAAAGUGUUGUUCGGUCGAUAGAGCAGACUGAUGUCUACUCAGCAAGUCCCGACGAUAAAAAUGCUUGGAUUCCUAGUGAUCCUGUAUUUAUAACAGAUUGCGGUCAAUGGAAAGAAACAGACCCAGUACCAGUCUAUGAUUGCUGUACCGAUACAAUAGGUGGAGAUAUUUAUGAAGAAUUUCCGGACGACAACGAGAUUCCAAAUCUCAAUCUAGAUAACGCAGCACAAGCAUACGAUAUCUGCCUGAAAAUCAAGAAAUCUGCUGCAUUACUGUAUAAAGCAAAAAGGUAUCAAGACAGUUUUUUCAAAUACAAGAAAGCCAUGCGUUACUGCAACGAGCUCAUACCCGACGAGUCCAAAGAUAAGGACCAAUAUCUAGAAUUUUUGGAAUAUAAAAAGACGCUCUAUCUCAAUCUUGCUCUCACCUCGUUGGAAAUGGGUGAAUACCAAAAAUGUAUUGAUUACUGUGGAUUUUUGUUCGAAUUCAUUGAUGAUAACAAAGAUGUGAAACUUACGUCUGUUCAGGUGAGCAAAGCGUUCUAUCGUCUUGGAAAAUCUUUCACUGGUUUGAAAAAAUACACAGAGGCAUUGGAUUCUUUCAAAAAGGGACUUUCAAUUAAUGUACAUGACUCUGGGAUCAAGAGGGAACUUGAGAGGGUUAAGAAGCUCAAAUACGAUUCGGAAAAGGAUUCCCGUGCAAGAUAUGCAAAAUUUUUCAAUUAA